AUGAGCAGCAAUGACUCGUUGCAUCCGCCUAAGAUAAUUACGGCAUUAUCACGACCUCCAGCCACUAUUGGAGCUCAUGAUGGAUCUACAUUGACUGCUUUGUCUUCAUCUCCAGCACCUUCAUCUGUCGGUGCGUCCUUCUCGCCAUACGCUAAAAGUCCUGCGCGUAACGCCAGACGCGUCGCUAUGGAAGGGAAGAGCUUGUUCACGUGCCACCAAUGUGGUGCAUUACUCAAAUUCCAACAUAUUCCAGUGUCUAUUGAGGAGAAGAUCAUGAAGCUUCGACCGGUGGCCUACGAGCACCCGUCGGAGGUGUCCGAGCAACGAGACAGCAAGGUAGAAGACGAGGAAGACCAGAUGCCAAGACUUACAGAAAGAACGGACGCUGGAGAGGCUAUAGAUGCAGAUGAAGAGGAAGAAGUAUCACAUAUAGCAGCCAGGUCCUCACUAAGUCAACAGCAACAGCAGCAAAAGACGCCGGCUAUUGUCCCUGAGAUUGUGUGGGAACGACAACGUCUGGACUACAGCAGUGAUGUUGGUGUUUGGGUGCCUGCUGAAUUCGACCUCGCUAAUAGGAUUGCAGCUUACACGAGCUGCAAUCGUGGAGAUAUUGGACAAAACAUUGCAGAUGUGGUGCCGGCGCGACUACUGAACAAGCCGCACUUGUGGAUAUCGGACUGGGAGGUGGAUUACUCCAGCCCGCACUGCGAUGAAGAAGGUAAAAAAUGGCGAGCUCAGUAG